CGCUCUACUGUUGUGAGAAACCAGGAUCACAUCCCCGUUCUGUUGGUACCAUGCAUCAUGACCCCGGACAUCGAGAUAGCUGAUCCCAUCGUCGUUUUCCACUGAGAGUGCUCUUGGUAUUGUGUGGGGUGGUAGGUGAAUGCCUGUGCGUUUGCUUUUGCGCACCGAAAGUAUUUCUGGACAAUGUCCAUCGAGACCACCCAGAUGCUCACUUGUAGACUCAUAUUUUGAGUGUGGCAUAGACGGAGGCGAAGCAUGUGGUGGAGGAGAUAAGGUAUGAUGGUCCUUGUGGUUGCCAGCCCUACCAACUGUGCGAGCCCUGUGCACCAACCCGUUCUGACAGACGUAAUGAUUCCAGCUCAUGGCGGAAUCGACUGAAUUUCGUAGUUGCCAUACCUCACAUUUUGCGUCCAUAGUGAAUGCCCAUAUGGUAAGGUCGGGGUCGGUAUGAAUUGCCAGUUCACAGAUGUCGCGCAGUGUAGCAAUCUUCGUACCAUGCAUAGCGAUGGGCCAUACAGGAUGGCUCCCUUCAUCACCCGUCAUACGUGGCUCUUCCAACCAGUUGAGCCAAUGAUCCAAUGGUCGACCUUCUCGACUGAAUGGUGGGUUGGAGUAUAUAUCUGGAGACUCUGCUUUCUGCUCUUUACGCGACAGGCUGCAGACAUCUGGCGGUAUACUGUAGAGAAAAAUAGCAUCGCCGAACGCUACCACAACCCUGGCACCCCGUGACAUGUCAAAUGCAGAGUUGUAAAGACGGGGUGUCUGGGUGUUUGCCAAUGGUGGGAUGAACAGAACUUUUGGCAUCAAUUUCGUCGGUCCAUCAAAUGGUGCAUCGCAGCUAACGAAUAGUGAGCCAGUUCGAGGAUCCGUAAAAAGAACAUGAUGCCCAUCGCUUAAGGGCACAGCACGGUAGUGGUCGCAACUUGGUAAGUAGUUGCGGUACAGGUUGAAAUCGAAUUUGAAGUAACUUCCAAAGGAGCCGCUCGUAGGCCGAUUGGAAAAGAAACUUUGUCUGAUAGCAGGCCGAUGGUCUGGAUGGGCGGCAC